AUGUACGUAAUCGCCAUGAUCUAUGUACGACGAGAGUUGGCGAAGCCAGUGGCAGUGAUAGGGUUCAACAAGCAUGUUCAUGACUUGAGGGCCAUUACACGGUCCAAGACGGCUGUAAUCAAUGUUGACGACAUGGCUGCCAACGAGGUUGACGAUACGGUCGCCGGCGAGGCUGACGACAUGUCUCUAACGCCAUGGUUUACUGACGACGACUCGAACGUAUACAACGGAUCAGCUGUAAUCCUCGGCGAUCAGAUCUCUGUGAAAAUUGGCAAACUGCAGAUGCAGGGCAACUACAGGGCAUCAUUCAGCUCAUGA